GAAAGGAAGAAGGAAAGGAGAAGGAUAGGAGAGGGAACAGAGAGAGCGUGCAAGAGAGAGAGAGCGACCAGGAAAGACACACACACACACACCUAGAGAAAGAGAGGGUGAGGGCAAGUGCAAUGGUGUUGGGAGUCAGGUGUGAUACAAAGGUCACAGGUUGUUGCAUGUUGCGGGGAGUGGUGGUGGUGGUGAGGAGCUGAGUUUAUAGAGGGGUCGUUUACUCACACAGUAAAUUCUGCAGUGCUCAUUUAACACUUAGAGAGCUGAUUUGACCUCAUAUGGACUUAAAUGAACACUCUAAGUGUUGAGUUAACACCGCAACAUUUACUGUACAGGUGAGCAGGUGAGUUUAUAGAGAGGGAUCGUUUGCUGUCUGACCAGUCAGAGUGCGAGGACGAGACAAGGACCCUACCUCGCCACGGUUACACUCCACUCAGCUGUGAUCAACCCACGUCUGCUCGGCUGCCUCGGACCCUUCCAAACACACACACACUCACGCUGACACUCGCCCGCUGCACUCCAAUGGAAAAGCAUGACCCGAACGACCCCCCUCCCCCCUACUACACGGUGGCGGUGCAUGCGCAACCCCCCCUGCGGCCCUACGAGGAGAUCGUCUAUGGCAACGCACUCGGGAUGCCCCCCCCCGGGAUGGGGAUGCCCCCCUAUGCACAUCCUCACUACAUCCCCCAGCAUACACCUGUGAUCGCCACCCGCGUCACACAACCACACCUCCCGCCCCCUAAGGCUCAUAAGAAGCAGUGCUGUGGUGGCUCGUCUCAGUGCUACGGGGGUUCAGGGGGUGCCGUGGUUCUGCUGGCUCUGCUCGCCGUCGCCAUCUGGCUGGGGGUGCAUUAUGGGACGCGGUUGGCUACGGAGGCUCUGCUGCAGGGCCAGGGCAGUAAGGGUUCGGAGCCCCCCUCAGGCACGGCCACACCAGAUACCUGCUCCAAUACCACUGUACUGUGUGAUGGCCACCAAGACUGCCAACAGGGCAGCGACGAGACCAACUGUGUGAGGUUCGGUACAGACGGUAGUCUGCGUGUCAGGACGUCGUUGGAUGGCCGCUUCCUGCCCAUGUGCUAUGAAGGCUGGGACAAGAGCUUUGCUGACAGGACCUGCGCACAGCUGGGAUUCAGACAGUCAUAUCAGGUGAAUCCCCUGGCUGGCCAGUCAUCCAAAGCUGUGAUCCUGACGGGCAAAGGCGGCUCAGGACCCCUACAUGGCAACGUCAACGUCAGCUCUAGCUGUCCCAGGAAUCAGAUCGUUUCUCUGCAGUGUGUGAAGUGUGGUCGGCAGCAGUCCACCUCCAGGAUCAUAGGGGGCAGUAUUGCCAAAGUGGGCCAGUGGCCGUGGCAGGUCAGCCUGCACUUCCUGGGCUCCCAUGUGUGCGGGGGCACCAUCAUCUCCCCGGACUUUGUAGUGACAGCAGCACACUGUUUCCCCAGGUCAGUGCUUAUAGCGCGUAACUGGCGUGUGUAUGGGGGCGUGGUCUCCCAGAGGAACCUGCCCGCCCCCUUCCUGGUCAAGCAGAUCCUGCGGCACGAGGCCUACAGCCAGGUCACCAACGACCACGACAUCGCACUGCUCAAGCUGGCCACGCCCCUCACCUUCAACUCUGCCAUCCAGCCCGCCUGCCUCCCCGCUUGGGAUCAGUCCUUCAGCCAUGGGGACCGCUGCUGGACCUCUGGCUUCGGGACCACAGAGGAGGGAGCAGCCCGUAGCUCCCCAGACCUGAUGGAGGUGACGGUGGACAUCAUCGAGCCGCGCGUCUGCAACAGCAGUAGAGUGUACUCAGGACAGGUCAGCAGGAACAUGAUCUGCGCAGGAGACCUGGACGGGGGACGAGACUCAUGCCAGGGUGACAGUGGGGGUCCGUUGGUGUGCCAGACGGGAGACCAGCGCUGGUACCUGGCCGGGGUGACGAGUUGGGGGGCGGGCUGCGGACGCAAGGACAAGCCUGGAGUUUACAGCAGCACGACCAGCUUACUGCCAUGGAUAUACAGCAAGAUGCAGCAAGAAAGACCAUAAGCCUCCUCAACCAUUCCUGAAGUAGACCGCUCCCACACCCCCACCCCACCCCACCCCAAAACUGAACCAAAAAUCUCCCGACCGUGAGACCAUGACCGACUCGGAUGGACUGACUUCUCCUCUGGACUCUGCUGUCUUCUCGCACCAGCGGACUGGACCGGACCGGACACACAGACAGACACACACACACACACACACACACACACACACACACACACACACACACACACACACACACACACACACACACACACACACACCACACACGCACACACACACACACACACACACACACACACACACACACACACACACGCAAACACCACACCACACACACACACACGCACACACACACAAACACCACACACACACAUCACACAAACACCACACCACACACACACACACACACACACACACACACACACACACACACACACACGCACACACAAACACCAAACACACACACCACACACGCGCGUGCACACACACACACACACACACACACACACACACACACACACACACACACACACACACACACACACACACACACCACGUCUUCUCAGCCCAGCAGACCAGACCGGACACACACCACACCACACCACACCACACCACAGCACAGCACAGCACACCACAGCA